AUGGCCGGCGGAAUCACCGUUCGCGAUGUCGAUGCGCAAAAGUUCAUCACUGCCUAUGCUGCUUUCUUGAAGCGUCAGGGCAAGCUGCCCAUCCCUGGUUGGGUUGACACCGUCAAGACUGGUCCCGCCAAGGAGCUGCCUCCCCAGGACAUUGACUGGUUCUACGUCCGUGCCGCCUCCGUCGCCCGCCACGUCUACCUCCGCAAGACCGUCGGUGUUGGCCGUCUCCGCAAGGUUCACGGCACUGCCAAGAACCGUGGCAACCGCCCCAGCCACCACGUCGAUGCCUCCGGCUCCGUCGACCGCAAGGUCCUCCAGGCCCUCGAGAAGAUUGGCGUCGUUGAGCAGGACGAGGACAAGGGUGGCCGCCGUAUCACCCAGUCCGGCCAGCGUGAUUUGGACCGAAUUGCCCAGACCACCGCUGAGGCCGAGGAGGAGGAUGAGGAGUAA